UGAGGAGGAUAUUUGUUUUAUAUUUAAUCGAGGAGGAAAGAAGGGAAAGUGUAAUGGCAUGGCAAGUGCAUCUCUGGCAUAUACCCGGCAGGGUCAGGGGCAUUGGCAGGGGCCAGGGCCAGGGCGUUCCUUUCAUACGCAGGCGUUUGCCUAUAAUCGUCUUCAUGUGAGGGUGCAACUCAGGAGUAACGCCACUGGCAGCGAUAAGACUACCAAUAAUAAGAAUACAGCCAUAAGUACAAGUAGAGGGCGAGACAGCCUUUACUUUAAUGUGACGGGCUUUCCAUUUCCUCUCGGUCCAUUUCUUAGCCGUCCCACUUUCAGGACGGAGGUGGUAAGAGGAGUGAUAUGGACAUUUGAACAAGAGCAGGCUCUUGGUUUUGGCAAUGUUAUAACUAAUAUUCGUAUGACAGUCAUCAGGCUCAAGUCUGGAGGCCUCUGGGUUCAUGCUCCAAUUGCUCCCACAAAAGAAUGCAUUCAGCUGUUGAAAGAGUUGGAGGCUCCUGUAGAACACAUCAUUCUCCCCACUUUUGCAUAUGAACACAAAGUUUUUGUGGGCCCAUUUUCUAGAAAGUUCCCUAAAGCAAAGGUAUGGGUGGCACCAAGACAAUGGAGCUGGCCAAUUAACUUGCCACUUGAGUUCUUUGGAAUAUUCCGUUCUAAAACACUUAAAGAUGAAGACGAAUUAACCCCUUGGUUUGAUGAGAUUGAGCAGAAGGUUCUUAGCUCUCCUGAAGUUGGAAUUGGACCUUAUGUGGAGGUUGCAUUUUACCAUAAAAGAUCUCGAACAUUACUGGUAACUGAUGCAGUAAUAUAUGUGCCAAAGCAGCCACCAGAAACAAUUAAUAGAGAGGCCCUACUAGGAGCAGCUAAGAAUGGUUUAGCAGUGAAACUAUUGAGCAAAGGGAAGUUAGUUCCAAACGAACCUAUUGUUGACAAUAAAGAGACAAGACAAAAAGGUUGGGAAAGAAUGGUUCUUCAAAUACUUUUCUUAGCUCCUUCAAAUUUGCUUGAACCACAAAGGACGUUUAAGCAGAUCUCACAGAAACUCAUUGUCUCUCCAAUAGUCAAAACACUAGUUUUUAGUAAAGUUCCAGAGAAGGUUAAAGAUUGGGUUGAUCGCAUUGUAGCUGAUUGGCCUUUCAAGAAAAUCAUUCCGGCCCACUUUGCUGCACCAAUAUCUGCUAGUCGAUCUGAUUUUAAGACUGCAUUUGCAUUUCUGGAUGAUUUUGUGAGCAAGAAGUCCAAUAUGAGUACUUUUUAUCUAAGUGCUCUCUUAGGGAGGGCUGCCAGCUACUUUCCACCUGAUGACAUGGAAACAUUGUCCUCCCUUGACAAUUUCCUAGUGUCCAUAGGCGCAGUGAAGAAGACAGUUUCAGGAAGAAAGCGAUGACUGGUUUCUUUUGCUACUAGUCUGUCUCAGUGUUACCUCCUUCGGAGAUUCUGAUAUAUAAUGGUGUAUACAAUUUCAAAAUCCCAAUGUUAUAAAUUUAGGUAAUGUACGUUAUAUUUGUCUUUACUUUUAUGGCCAAAGAAGGAAUGCAUACUUGGGUUGCCUUCUGAAGUUUGAAUUCGAGCUUAAAGUAUAAUUCUUUUUGUUGUUCCAAAAAGAUUUUACAUAUUUUCAUCUCUUAAUGUGCUAUUGCCAUAAAAUCCAAAACAACAGUGAGGGCUAUCUAUCCAGUUUACAUCACGUUUAUAAAAACAGAAGAAAAAGACUUUUGAAAA